GUCGUUCGGGCAGAACUAUCCAGAGGUAAGUCAUUCCAAUCUUGUUCUACCUGUUACUUGUCUUUAACAUUUGAGUCAUUUAGCAGACGCUCUUAUCCAGAGCGACUUCCAGUAUUGAGUACAUACAUUUUCGUACUUUUUUCAUACUUUCAUACUUGUCAACACGUCUCUCUCACACACCCCUCUCCCACACAGACAGUGGAUGGCUAUGCCUUAAUGCUUACUCAAGUCCUUAGAAUAGAACAUUGAUUUAUACAUCUGUGUCUGUGAGUGUCUUCACAUACAGUUGCUAUCUCAUUGACAGGAGGCAGAUGGCACUCUGGACUGUAUCAGUAUGGCUCUCACAUGCACCUUUAACCGCUGGGGCACACUUCUGGCGGUGGGUUGCAACGACGGACGCAUCGUCAUUUGGGACUUCCUGACACGGGGCAUCGCCAAGAUCAUCAGCGCUCACAUUCAUCCAGUCUGCUCACUAUGGUGAGAAAGCAAACCACGGUCACAAGAAAGGGAAAACGCCAGCACACCAGGGUUGGAGUUAAUUCCAAUCAAUUCAGGAAGUACAUUGAAAUUCCAAUUCUCUUCAAUGCUUUUCAAUUAGGAAGAGUUGGAAUUGCAAUUUGGUUUACCUCAUGAAUUGAUUGCAAUUGAAAUGGAAUUGACCCCAACACUGUAGCACACACACUGUUCAGAAUCAGCAAACUAUGCUCGAAUGUUCUUCUUUUAUUUACUCAUAAACCCAUCAUUUGGGCCUGGAGCCCUUGUCAAAAGGUGUUGAUUGUGGUGAAUUGUUUUGAGUGUGGUUCUGAAUCUUAACUAUCCUAAACCUUUCCCUGUGUGUCUGCAGUUGGAGUCGAGACGGUCACAAGCUGGUGAGUGCGUCUACAGAUAACAUAGUGUCGCUAUGGGACGUCCUAACGGGAGACUGUGACCAGAGGUUCCGUUUCCCCUCGCCCAUCCUCAAACUGCAGUACCACCCCAGAGACCUGUGAGUUUAUCUAUAUCCAACUCAUCCUAUACCGCAGCCUGGUCUUAUCCUUUCUAACUCAUUAUAACUCCUGACCUCAUCCAUUGAACUACAGUUAGUACCACCGAUCCCACCCACCUGGGAGGAUAUCUAUACCCCAGCUCAAUAAAUACCUCGACCUUAGCUCAGCCUACACCUCAGCCUCUUAUGUUUCCUAAUUGAUUGUCACUCCUAACCUCAACCCUUAAACUGCGGUACCACUUCACAGACCUAUGAGUAUGUAUCUGAUACGGAAAAAUUGAAUAUCAGUGUGGAAAAAUAUGGAAAUCCCCCCCUUUAAAUCCCAAUCUAUCCCGUGUUUCAGUGACAAGGUCCUGGUGUGUCCUAUGAAGUCAGCUCCGGUGCUGCUGACCCUGUCCGACUCUAAACACGUGGUUCUGCCCGUGGAUGACGACUCUGACCUGAACGUGGUGGCGGCAUUCGACCGAAGGGGGGAGUACAUCUACACCGGCAACGCCAAGGGAAAGGUCAGAGGUCACUGGGGCCUGGGUUUAUUUAUUUGUGGCUCAGACGAUUUGCAAUAUUCUUUAUCUAUUUAGGACUUUGUAGGUUGUACAGUGCAUUCCGAAAGUAUUCAGACCCCUUGACUUUUUCCCCAUUUUGUUACGUUACAGCCUUAUUCUAAAAUGGAUUACAUUGUCCCCCCCCCACCCCCACCUCACCUGACCUCAUCAAGCUACACACAAUACUCAAUAAUGACAAAGCAAAAACUGUUUUUUAGAAAUGUUUGCAAAAAAUAAAACUGAAAUAUCACAGUUACAUAAGUAUUCAGACCCUUUACUCAGUACUUUGUGGAAACACCUUUGGCAGCGAUUACAGCCUCGAGUCUUCUUGGGUAUGACGCUACAAGCUUGGCACACCUAUAUUUGGGGAGUUUCUCCCAUUCUUCUCUGCAGAUCCUCUCAAGCUCUGUCAGGUUGGAUGGGGAGCAUCGCUGCACAGCAAUUUUCAGGUCACUGAAAACCUUUGUCCCAAAGCCACUCCUGCGUUGUCUUGGCUGUGUGCUUAGGGUCGUUGUCCUGUUGAAAGGUGAACCUUCGCCCCAGUCUGAGGUCCUGAGCACUCUGGAGCAGGUUGUCAUCAAGGAUCUCUGUACUUUGCUCCGUUCAUCUUUGUCUCAAUCCUGACUAGUCUCCCAGUCCCUGCCGCUGAAAAACAUCCCCACAGCAUGAUGCUGCCACCACCAUGCUUCACCAUAGAGAUGGUGCCAAGUUUCCUCCAGAUGUGAUGCAUGGCAUUCAGGCCAAAGAGUUCAAUCUUGGUUUCAUCAGACCAGAGAAUCUUGUUUCUCAUGGUCUGAGAGUCCUUUAGGGGCCUUUUGGCAAACUCAUGUGCCUUUUACUAAGGAGUGACUUCCGUCUGGCCACUCUACCAUAAAGGCCUGAUUAGUGGAGUGCUGCAGAGAUGGUUGUCCUUCUGGAAGGUUCUCCCAUCUCCACAGACGAACUCUGGAGCUCUGUCAGUGUGACCAUCAGGUUCUUGAUCACCUCCCUGACCAAGGCCCUUCUCCCCCUAUUGCUCAGUUUGGCCGGGCGGCCAGCUCUAGUCUUGGUGGUUUGAAACUUCUUCCAUUUAAGAAUGAUGGAGGCCACUGUGUUCUUGGGGACCUUCAAUGCUGCAGCAUUUUUUGGUACCCUUCCCCAGAUCUGUGCCUCGACACAAUCCUGUCUCGGAGCUCUAUGGACAAUUCCUUCAACCUCAUGUCUUCGUUUUUGCUCUGACAUGCACUGUCAACUGUGGGACCUUAUAUAGACAGGUGUGUGCCUUUCCAAAUCAUGUCCAAUUAAUGGGAUUGACCACAGGUGGACUCCAAUCAAGUUGUAGAAGCAUCUCAAGGAUGAUCAAUGGAAACAGGAUGCACCUGAACUCAAUUUCGAGUCUCCUAGCAAAUGGUCUGAAUACUUAUGUGAAUAAGGUAUUUCUGUUUUUUGCAAUACAUUUGCAAACAUUUCUUAACCUGUUUUCGCUUUGUCAUUAUGGGGUGUUUUGUGUGGAUUGAUACAAAAAAAGAAGAUUGAAUUCAUUUUUGAAUAAGGCUGUAACGUAACAAAAUGUGGAAAAAGUCAAGGGGUCUGAAUACUUUCCAAAUGUAUUAUAUAUGUGUGUGAUGAUUGUUCUCACUGAUGUGACCCUGCAGAUUCUGGUGCUGAACACGGACACACAGGAUCUGGUGGCAUCGUUUCGGGUGACGACAGGGACCAGCAACACCACAGCCAUCAAGUCCAUAGAGUUUGCACGCAAGGGCAGGUGAGAGGACUUAGAGGGAACCAAUCAGCGUGUUGGUGAAGGCUGAAAGGCAAUAGGACUGUGUUUGUGUGGAAAAUCAUUCUGGUGCUUAGAAGGUUGUUGUGUGCCUCUUAUGGAGAAUAGUUAAUAGUUCCAUCAAAUGACUGAUCAUGAUCCACUCUGUCCUCUCUUCUCCUCCUCCCUCCAGUUGUUUCCUCAUCAACACAGCAGACAGAAUCAUCAGGGUGUAUGACGGGAGGGAGAUUCUCACAUGUGGGAGAGACGGGGAGCCAGAGCCAAUGCAAAAAUUACAGGACCUGGUCAACAGGUGAACACACACACACACCACACACAUGAACACGUUGAUACAUCGCUCUCCUCUUCUCUUUCCCUCUCAUCACUCCUUCUCUCCUUCCCCUCUCUCUGUAGGACUCCCUGGAAGCGGUGUUGUUUCUCUGGGGAUGGGGAGUACAUUGUGGCUGGUUCAGCCCGGCAGCAUGCUCUGUACAUCUGGGAGAAGAGCAUCGGUAACCUGGUGAAGAUCCUCCAUGGAACCAGAGGAGAACUCCUGCUGGAUGUGGCCGUAAGGAACCACCCAAAACCUUUCUUAUUCUAGCCCUCUUCCUCUCACUAGCUAAUUCUCUGGAGUUAUCUAUUUUUUGCCUCAUUUCUGGAGGAUGUGGUGCCUCUGUUUUGAAUUGUCUGGACUGGAGAGUCACAGAAUUAACAGUAACUCAUUGUGCUGAUGAACUUUGAACUAACCUUGUCCUGACCUAUGAACCUGACCUCUGCAGUGGCACCCUGUGCGGCCUAUCAUCGCCUCCAUUUCCAGCGGAGUGGUGUCCAUCUGGGCUCAGAACCAAGUGGUGAGUGACACACAAUACAGGUUUUACCUGAGUUCUUCACCCUGGAACUGGUCUUGGUGCUGGACCUUCUGUGAUUUGGCUACCUAGGUUUUGAUUUCAGAGAGUGAUUCCACUGCCUUUGCAAGACAACGAUGAAGCAAUGUUGAAUGCAGAAUCAUUCACGAGUCCACAAGAUUCCACAUAUUACCAGAAUUAUAAACAACAACUAUGUGUUCUGAUGAGGAUUGAUGUUAUUGUUGUGAAUCUGAUGGAAUGGGUUAGUUAAUUAACUCAACACUGUGUUUCUAUGUUCAGGAAAACUGGAGUGCGUUCGCCCCAGACUUCAAGGAGCUGGAUGAGAACGUGGAGUAUGAGGAGAGAGAGUCUGAGUUUGACAUAGAGGAUGAGGAUAAAAGUGAACCUGAACAGACAGGUAGAUGUGCAUGCACACGCACACACACGGGCACACACACACACAGGCACACACACGCACACACACAGGCACACACACACACACAGCCACGCACACACACAGGCACAUCCAUGCAUUGCGACUAGUCAGGGACUGAUUUGUGUGUGCGUCUCAGGUGCUGAUGCUGCGGAGGAUGAGGAGGUGGAUGUGACCUCUGUUGACCCCAUCGUAGCAUUCUGUAGCAGGUAAGUGUGUUUGAUGAUGAAGGUAGACAGGUGUUUCGAUGGGGACAGCCUUAUAGGCAUUGCAAAUGAAUAGAAGUCUAAUAGUAAUACAAUUAUAAUAUUGAUUGUGGUCUCUGAUUCCCCCCCUGUGUUAGUGAUGAGGAGCUGGAGGACUUCAAGGCCCUGCUCUACCUGCCCAUCGCUCCAGAGGUAGAGGACCCUGAGGAGAAUCCAUUUGGUCCCCCUCCGGAUGCAGCCGGCCAGACCACCCCCACAGAAGAUGGUUCAGCCCACACAGGGAGCGGGGACAAGAAGCGCCAGCCGUCCUCAGAGGGAGCUCCGCCCAAAAAGAAGGCUCGUACCACCACCAUCGAACUACAGGGGGUGCCUAGUGAUGGUGAGAGUCAGAGUAACACACAAUAUGAACACUUUACUUUUUAAUCAUGAAAUAGUACCCUGACCUGUGUAUUCUCCCCCUAUCCAAGAGGUGCACCCCUUACUGGGGGUGAAGGGAGACAGCAAGUCCAAGAAGAAGACGGCAGGGCGGCCAAAAGGCUCCAAAGGUAAAGAGAAAGACUUUCCCUUCAGGCCCAAACCCUACAGGGGGGACAGGGUCUACCCUGACGGAGCGGUAGCGGGAGGAGGAGCAGGAGGAGGAGGAGGAGGAGGGAUGAAGGGCAGAGCGGAGGGGGGCCUGACUGCAGCAGGUAAGCAUGCAAUAUGAUAUGACGCCACCAUGGGGAGCCAUGUUAAUCCUGCUAGCUACGACGCUUCACCAGCCCGCUGCUCCCCCGGCCCACCCCACAAACAGACAUUGACCCCAAAACCGACCCCCAACCCCUGCCCACCACAGCCUCACAACCCCCCCUCUAACUGCUGAUUGGGAACUGAUUCUGGGCCAGAAUAAUAACAAAAAAAUCCCAUCAAGAGAGACUCUCCCCGCAGUGAGGCGAGAGGGUUAGUUUUGAUUCUAGCUUCCUGGUUGUUGGGUUGGUUUGGUUUCCAACAUGACCGCCGGCCGGCUAGCUGGCUCUCUCCUGACCUGAGGCUGGUUUGUCUACUUGCUGCUUAGCCUUUCACCCUCCAGCUCCGCUCCGCUCCUGCCUCGCUCUCACCUGGGCUUGUGUGUCUGUAGGUUUGUGUCUUUGUUGAGUGUGUGUCUCUGUGUUUGGGUGUUUGUAUAUGUUGUGUAUAAUUGUGGAAUCAAGUUGUCUGCUUAAAGAUUAGUGAUGUUUGCUGUGCUUCGUUUUUAACAACUUUCAAAUCAUCCAGCCGGACCACAAUGCAAGACACUGAGAAAGGAGCAAAACUGAGCCGCCAUAGGCUGUGCUCAAAGGUCUACUCAUAUUUGUUUAUUUUACCCCCUUUUUCUCCCCAAUUUCGAUCUUGUCUCAUCGCUGCAACUUCCCAGCGGGCUUGGGAGAGACUAAGGUGGAUUCAUGCGUCCUCUGAAACAUGACCUGCCUAACCGCUCUCCUUAACACCCGCCAGCUUCACCCGGAAGCCAGCCGCACUGUGUCGGAGGAAACACUGUUCAACUGGCGACCAGGGUCAGCCUGCAGGCACCUGGCCCGCCACAAGGAGUCGCUAGAGCGCGAUGAGCCAAGUAAAGCCCCCCCCCCCCCCCCCCCCCCCCGGCUAAACCCUCCCCUAACCCGGAAGACGCUGGGCCAAUUGUGCGCCGUCCUAUGGGACUCCCGGCCACGGCCGGUUGUGGCACAGCCCGGGAAUGAACCCGGGUCUGUACGAACGCCUCUAGCACUGCGAUGCAGUGCCUUAGACCGCUGCGCCACUCGGGAGGCCUGAUCUACUCAUUUUUGAUUGAUCAAACACCUAAUGCAUUGCUGUCCAUCAUGACCUUGACACCAGGGCUGUUCCACCUCAAAAAGCGCAAGAAAGAGGAAUUCGACACCCACCAUCUGAUUGUUCUGAAAUCGUUUCCCCUGUUAGAAAUAAUAAUCCUGCAGCAUUAUUUUGUUGAAAUAUAAUUUGAAAUCUGAGAAAUUAAGCUAAUUGAUUGCAUCCAAAUUGCCCAUUUUUAAUUUAUAGGAUUCAUAUAAUAUUCAAUAACUAUAUUACAUAACAUCCGAUUUGGACCGAACAUUUUGCUAACAAUGAGUUAGACAUGAGGAAUCCAAAGGAAUGGUCAAAAGCCACCCACGAACCCCCCACAUCCCACACUAAUCCCACCCCACCAAUGAGUAUAUAGUAUUAGUUCUCUGUGUCUGACAAGUAGUAUGGAGCUGCGGCUCUGAGUAUUGUUUCUUCAUCUUAUGUAAUGUAUUCCCAGUAAAUUUGGUGAUGUUCUUUUUCCCCAGUUCAGAGAAAUUAGUCAUUGAAGUUGUUAGGUUUAUGUCCCAUCCUACAUCUAGAUAUUAUCAGAUUCUGACCACUAGGUGAAACAUGUUUGAACAUUCCCCCCUCAAUGUUGAAGGAAUAGUUCAUCCAAAUUACACAAUGACAUUGGCUUCCUUAGCCUGUAAGCAGUCUAUUGACAAGGUAUGACAGCAACCCAUGCAUUGGUUUUGUUGGCCACUUUUUCAAAUAUUUUUUUUUUUUGCAUCUAAUGCAAGUCAAUGGAACCUAUAUUAGCAUUUUUACGCUUCAUGUUUAAAUCAUCCUGAAGUCUCUAAAAAUGGAUUGUGUAACUCAAUACUGUUACUUAUAGAUGAUUUGGAUAUGAAGCGCAAAAAUGCUAAUAUAGGUACCAUUGACCUACAUUGGAUUUGUGCCACAAAUGCUAAAACAUUAGCAUUUGAAACAGUGGCCAGGUAAACAGAACCAAAGCAUGGGUUCUUUGGUUGCUGCCAUACCUUGUCCAUAGACUGCUGACUCUUCAGCUCCGCUAUACGCAUUGCUUUGCCUUACCAUCAGUGUCAUGUCAAUGUAACGUUUUUCCUGCUAUACAGAGCAGAGGGGGAGGAGCUUCUUUAUUCUAUUUUGCUUAAUAUUGUACCAUAUUCAUCAAUUAUACCUAAGUACAUUAGCUUUUGUCCAGUUUUUCUCAAGUACUCAUUAAAUUGGUGCCAUCCUCUAAUUUCACAAGUUGCUUUUGUUUUACGUUGUGAACCUAGCUUGUCAAUGUAGCUAGCUAGUAGCAGUAGUAGUAGCUUCUUGACUUCAUACAUCUUAGUACAAUAACCAGUGGUGUAUAGUCAAGGCCAUAUGCAACCAAAAUCAACUUUAUUUCUCAUUAUUUCAAUUCAAAGAUAGAAUGAACACGCAUGUCAGCCAUCAAGAAUUGAACGUUGGCGAUUCUUGAGCUUGGACGCUGCCUUGGACGUGACGCAACGCGAGCGCACCACGGGCAGUGAAGAAGCUUUCAAUGAAGCAUUUCCUCAACGGCUGAUAGCAAUGCCAGAUGGCUGAUAGCUAUAGUGUAGCAGGGUAAAUUGGGUGAACUAUCCCUUUAACAUUGAGGGGUGGGGGAGUCUUUAAAAAGAAAAUAACCUAAUAGCAGAAACAGCACUAUCUAGUGGUCAGACCUGGUAUUAUCAGGACAUAGGAUGGGACAUAAACCUAACAACUUCAAUGACUAAUUUCUCUGAACUGUGGAAGAAAAAAAACAUCCACUAAAUUCACUGAGAAUACAUUACAUAGGAUGAAGAAACAAUACUCCGAUCCGCAGCUCUAUACUACUUGUCAGACAUAGGGAACUGAUACUGAAUAUUCGUUGUUGGAUUGGGAUUAGUGUGGGGGUCCGUGGGUGGCAUUUGACUAUUUCUUUGGAUUCCUCGUGUUUUACUCAUUUACCACGUUUCCAUCCAGUUUUUACGAGCAAAGUCAUAUCGUAUUAAAAAUAAAUAAAAAUCGACAUGGUGGGAUCUUUUUGUCUGUAAAAAUAAUUAUGCGAGAAAUGGCGGUGGAAAUGCCUUUUAUACGCAAAUAUUGAUUUAAUAACCGUCAUAUCGAAGUAAACUUGGAGUCACGCGAUUUUAUGGUGUGUGGUCCUCCCACUACGACUCGGGAAAUCAUGCAGUUUAUUAGACUACAGAUUAAAUAAGUUAUGAUGAACUCACAGGAUGGUGAAAGUGCAUGGAAGAUCUUGAUGCUCCUUUCCAAUAAAUAUUGAGGGUCUUAUUCUGGUGACAUGAUGAUCGAUGCUUGACUGCCUUUGACAAAUAAAAAUAUUCUCGCUCGUAUCUGUAAUAAUCUCAUCAUGUAGACUAGCCUACACGCACAGCCUACCCGCAAGCUUUUGGCUAGAGCGCACGUGCCGAGACCAGAGUUGGGACAUUUGCUAUUUAACCCAACAGUUUUUGUGACAAAACUAUUGGUAGAGUUGAAAUGCGAUGGAAACACAGUGAACUUUAGAUUUGUAUUAUACUUAUAAAAGUACAUUUUGUGUUACCUACGUUGUCACACAUUGAUUAUUUUUACCUGCAACAAGUCCGUUUGGUGGAAACGCACCACUUUUUCUUUGUGGAUUUUAGAAUAUUCGCAUGAAAAUAUGUCGCCAAUGGAAACCAAGCUAGUGUUGGAAAAAAGUUUGGUCCAUAUCGCAUGUAAGGUACUAUAUUUAUUGAAUAUUAUGUGAAUGCUAUGAAUUAAAAUUGUUAAUUUGGGUUGCAAUCAAUUUGCUUAAUUUCUCAGAGAUCAAAUUAUAUUUCAACAAAAUAAGGUUGCAGGAAUGGUAAUCUUAUCUGUUUCGAACUACAGAAAUGAUUUUCAGAACAAUCUGAGAUGGUGGGUGUCAUGGUUUUCUAAAAUGACAUGGAAUGACCCACCAGGCUAUGCAUCGUGAUUUAAAAGGAGAAAUUGACUGUAUGCUGUUGGACAGUAAGGGAAUUUCUUAUUUUUAAUCACAUUUUACUUUCCAAUGCACCGCCCACCUCUCUUUUCAAGUUGCAUUUAAAAAAAAAUGAUUAUGCUAAGAGCCAUGAUAUACCUGAAAUGCCUCUGUAUUGAAUUCAGUGUUUAGUUCAUGUUGACCGACAAUACUGUCUGCUCUGGGGAAAGUUUGAAAUUCAUCUUGAUGCACAAAAAUUUCUGUACCUGGUAAGAUGGGCAACAUUUAAUGUGUUCAAGGACAUAAUCUCAGUGUAUCUCAGACGAGGUAUGUUGUGAGUUAUAAUAAUAGAUUUGUUGUAUAUAGCGCUUUUCAUUACAAAGACAAUCUCAAAGACUCUGUAAAAAUGAACAAAACAAAUGUAGAGAUCUGGAAGGUCUUGGGCAAUGGUCUUUCAUAGCUUCAGAUGAUAAGGUGUUGUUUAGCCAGGCAGUUCAGAAAGGCUGGGCAGUAGCUUAAUCGGAGGGAGCAUCGAUGGCACAGAGAGAGCAGUGUCGUUCAGUUACUUAGACAGGCCCGUAGCUCUUCAUCAAGUACCUCGUUCAUUUCUCCUCUGUAGGUAGGCUGGACAGUCCGCUACUAAAGUGUAGCACCCACCUGGGUAAUGCUUCGGCAGCUAUAAGCGCCAGAAAGACCACCGCACCUUGGCAGUAGUCAGCAAACAGUCCCCUAUGAGGUGGGCCUCUCUCAACCCCUCAAACUGUUGUCCACAUCGUUCAUGCAACCAGGGCAGGUGGAAAAGCUGGUGCUGGUGCAUCAUUCAAAUGGCUAGCCAAGCCAAAAAAACUGACUUGCCAAACUGACACCAAAUAUUAUAGCUCAGAAACACUCAAGAAGUAAUGGAAAGCAAAAAGUUGGUAUAAAAACAUUCUUGAAAUAACAUAUUUAGAGAUAUAUAUAUAUAUAGGAGCUCUCUGCCUAGGCUUCCUUACGGUGCCAUGGCAACCAUGUAAGUAUUCUAUUCAUGGAGUUCUCUAUUCUGUGUGAUAUUCUUGGUGUCUUUCCAACAGGGAGCCUGGUUUCACAGUCCUACAAGCAGCAUGAUAUCGGGGGACUGGACUGAGCCAGCACCAUCAUCAUCGCCCCCUGUGGUUCUGGAGGGGGAAGGACAGGCCUGUUUUUACACUCCUAAAAUCAAGACUCUUUUUGUGACAUCACUCAAGACUGUCAUUAUGACAUCACCCCCUCACCACAACCCCAAAAGACUCUCAUUAUGACAUCACAGCCUUCUAUCGCUCAGGCUGUUGACUUUCCCAACCGGCUGUCUCUCUCUAUCCUCUCUCUGUGCUGCUAUGGGUACCUGGAUUAUCUCCCUCCUAUCAAAGACUGCUGUAUGUGACCUGAUGAUGUCACAAGUUUUAGGUGAGAGUUCUGACUGGGAACUCCUGCAAUGUGGCAGAUUCACACUUUCUCAUUUUCACAUGUUUUGGAUGAGUAACAAACAAACUAAGAGAAGAGGGAAGCAACAGUCUAUAAUAGUAUAGGAUCACCUCUCUUCUCUCCUUCUCUGUCUGUCUUUUUCUCUGUAGGAUGACUGAUGUACAGAUACAAUACAGGAGUUAUUACAUGGAGUGUGUCCCAACUGGUCUGCUUUUAACUCCGUUUCUGGACAUAUUGUCUUUUUGUGUUUUUUUUAUUAAUACAUGUUAUUAAACCAUUUAGAUUUUUGUUGACUC